UCGAGGUCACCCAACUCUUAUACCGACCGUACUGUAGGCCCACUCUCGACCAGCACUUGUUACAAUGAUUACCCUCUAUGAUAUCCCGUCGAGGCUUUCGCCGCAGGCCUGGUCACCGAACACGUUCAAGACUCGAUUGUCACUCAACUAUAAGGGUAUUCCGUACAAAACGGAGUGGGUUGAGUAUCCAGAUAUCGAACCUACCAUGAAGAGAAUCGGCGGUGCUCCGACAAGCAAGAAGGCGGAUGGCCGUGACCAUUACACUCUCCCAGCGAUUCACGACUCGGCGACGGGCAAAGUAAUCACGGACUCCGCUGCUAUCGCGGAAUACCUUGACGCAACGUAUCCCGAUACCCCAGCACUCUAUCCACCGGGUACAAAGGCCGCUAUCGCGGCUCUAGAACACGUAUUCAUGCAGAACGUCAGGUCGACGAUAUUUCCUAUCAUGAUGUUCGAGAUACACGGUAAACUCAAUCCGACGAGCCAGGCUUACUGGCGUCUGACACGGGAAGCGACACUCGGGAAGAAGUUGGAAGAAUUAGCGCCACCUGGUCCAGGACGUGAUGCGAUGUUAAAACAAUUCCAGGAGGGUCUAGAUACCAUUGCAGGAUUUUAUGACAGGAAUGGAGAAGGGAAGCAAUUCUACUUCGCUGAUAAAUUCUCGUUUGCGGAUACUAUUGUCGUUGGGUUCUUGGUUUGGAUCAAGAUCAUCCUUGGUGCCGAAAGCGACGCGUGGAAAGCAAUAUCGACACGGAAUAACGGAGGAUGGGGGAAGUUGGUUGAGUCGACACAGAAUCUGCAAGUACAAUGAACUUAUGAAGAGUCACCUGUGAUAUAAAUUGUUGUUAAAUAAUAAACUUGCGUGGCUAAA